GAUUGUGCUAAUGAUUCAUUCUGUGAGGUGUGAGAGCAUUACAUCUUUAAAUUAAAUUGGACAAUUGAUUGGCUCUAACUAAUGUUUUAUAUUAUACAUUAACUUUAAUUAAAAUUAUUAUUAUAGUGAUUUUUGUUGUUUCGAAUUCCCUUUCACAAUGCCGGCAUAUCAUUCGACACUAGUAGAUUACACUCAAUCAAUUGGAAACCUAGCGUUAUUGCCUAUACGUACCACUUAUCGUGGCCCGGCACCGAUGAAUCCCAAGCUAGAACUAGAUGUUAUUGACGAAGCACUCAACUACUUCAAGGCUAAUGUAUUUUUUAGAUUUUAUGAGAUUAAGUCAGAUGCAGAUAGAGUCCUCAUAUACUUAACUUUGUACAUCUCGGAAUGCUUGAAAAGAUUGCAGAAAUGCUCCAAUAAAAAUCAGGGCCAGCAAGAGAUGUAUAUGCUUGCUAUUUCAAAAUUCGACAUUCCAGGGGAGCCAGGUUUUCCUUUAAAUUCAGUUUAUGCUAAGCCUUCCAGUCCUCAGGAAGCUGAUUUAAUGAGACAGUAUUUACAACAACUGAGACAUGAAACAGGCAAUAGGGUUUGUGAGAAGGUAUUUGCAACAGAAGAUGGGAAGCCCAGUAAGUGGUGGCUUUGUUUCGCUAAAAGGAAAUUCAUGGACAAGUCUCUUUCGGGUCCAGGCCAGUAAUUUUAAGAAUUGAUAAUGUUAAGCGGUUAACAAUCAUAAUUUUUUUUAUUGUUUUGAAUUAUGCUGAACUGUUGACAUGUUCGUUUUUUACAGUGUUUGUAACCGUUUUGUCAUUAUUAAAUAUGUUUAUUCUAAAACUUGGUAAAGUAUAUCAUAAAAAUAGUAUUGUAACUUUAAAUAUUUAAUUUCAUUAUCGGAUCAAAUACAUUAUCUAGCAUAUU